UUCGGUAACGACUAUCCGACACCGUGCGUCCGAUGCCCCCCGUGCUCAGGUGGUCUGGUACUGAUCUGAUCUGUCCACCCCGUAGGGAUGGAACGUGUGUGCGUGAUUACUUGCAUGUUCUCGACCUUGCGGCGGGGCACCAGCUGGCUCUGGAGGCCCUGACGUCAGAGGCGGGGAUCUUCAACGACCCGACCGGAGCGCGCUACAAGGCGUACAAUCUCGGACGAGGCAAAGGCUUCAGUGUGCUCCAGAUUGUCCAGGCCAUGCGCGAAGCCACAGGCUUUGACUACCAGUACGAAAUCGUCGGCCGGCGCCGGGGCGAUGUGCCAGAUCUGACUGCUGAUCCCGCACUGGCCGAGAAGGAGCUCGGAUUCAAGGCGACACAGGACCUGGAUGUCAUGUGCCGUGACUUGUGGAACUUCCAGUCCAAGAACCCUGAAGGCUACGGAAAGCUGGAAUAGGUAGAAUCUAGAAGCUAUCUUUGUCAUUAGUGCUUUCGGUCUACGCUCUCAUCUAACGCUCGCUGUCUCCACAGACUACUAUAUCCAUCAUCUUUUCAAUCCAAUCCAAUCUAUUCAUGUAUUCCCGA